AUGGCCACCACAUGGCAGGCCUCGCGUGGGCCCGCGGAGCUGCGGCGCCCGGGCUCGGCCGCAGGCCCGGCGUCCCGUGUCCUGCCCUCGGUGCUCUGCGGCACGCGUUCGGCGCUGGAGCGGUGGGCACUGAGCGCCGAGGAGGACGGCUGCGUGACUGUGCGCUACCUCAGCGGCGAGGUCGAGCGCUUCGACCUCGGCGGGCGCUGCACGGCGGAGCUGCUGCGGACGCGCCUGGCUGGGGCCAGGGGCGUCCACCAGUGGCAGGUGCAGCUGCUGCGGGGCAACGGGGAGCCGGUGCAAGACGAG